AUGCAUGGUGGAUGGCAUUCGGGGCCUCCGAGGAUGCGAAAACGCUUGUUUGUGCAGAUCGAUAGUGGCGGUAUCGAAGGGCAGCAAAGGUUCUGUGGGUCUCGGCGGAUCCCGUUGGCCCAGCCUGGUGAGUUUCCGGUAGAAGUACGGUUGACGACUGCACAAGAGGAGGAGGCCAUCCUGGAGGACGUUGAGACCGUCAAGGUGCAUGAAAUCAGCUCGGUGAAGAAGGAUAUGGGACUGGACAGCGGGCCGACAUCGUGUCCUUCCGUGAUGAUGGACUUGGCAGGUGACCUGCCAGGUGAAGAUCCGGCGGAAGACGGAAGCACUGACGAGACAACCAUGCCAAUGGACCAGCUGGAUGCGACAUGGUGUACGUGGCAAAGUGGAGCGUGA